AGCAUGGCGGCGGAGCUGUGGAACCAGGUCCACAUCCCCUUUCCCAGCGCGGUUUCGACUGUCCGGAUCCCGUCAACUCCGUCCACAGUUCCUAAAGUUCAGGCGUUGUUGGAGGAAAACGAGAAGGUCCUCAGGGUGAUCCGGUGUUGGAUUCUUCAAACUGAGAUCCGGGUUUUGUACGAGCUGCUCUACAACCUCAGCAACAGCUUGAAAGGCAACAAAACAUUCAAGGGCUUGAAGCAGGUAGAACAAUGUAUAAACCGCUUGAAGGACAUGAAGCUGGACGUGGCCCUGCAGGAGCUGGGAGAUGUUUGCCCCAAUCACAUUCAAAGACGAGUGACCCUCGUGUUUGGAGAGUGUGACGUUCCCAGUCAGCCCAUGCUGGAGUGGACCUGUCUCAAAGUGUUGGGAGCCGGCCAGCUGAUGAGCCGCACGCUGGAUCGCUGCAGUCGGGCUUUUGUACUCUCAAAGCAGCAGAUGAAAUGGGAGGAGUUUGUCAUUCUGAAUGUGGUGGUAACCAGCAUGCUCAGCCGUCUGUGGGUGAUUUUCAGAGUUCUGCUGGUCAGCUUGUCGUCUCUCUACGAGAGGCUCCUCGACCUCCUCGGAGACGUGGCUGCAGCCCAGCCCAUGCCGUUCCUCAGAGAGUUCUCCCUCCCAGCAGACAUGGCUCACUUCCUGGGUCCGUCUUCUGCAUUUUUACUAACCCAAAAGUCUCGUGCCAAAGAGAUGAAGAUAAAGAAAUCAUCAAUCGAGGUCAAGGCGAAGAAGACUGAAGACUUUGGUGUUGCUAUUCAACGAGAGAUUGCGAAUGAUGUUGCCAUGAAACCAUUUUUUAGGAUUCUAAAGAAUUUUAAAGAGGGGAACUCUCUCCAAGAGAAAAACCACAAGGAUGAAAGGAAACUUCAGUUUAAAACCCAAAUGAGAAAAGCUGCUACAUUCACGCUCAUGGCGAGCCACAUGGAAGAAAUGAUUGAGUGGUUCAGAUCGCAGCAGAUGGAAAAGGAGCGACGCCUCUUAUCCUUCAUGCAUUUAAAGUGCCAAAAGAUGGAGCGUCUGGAGGCAGCAGGGUACAAUGUCCAGAAGAAGCUGCGGGCCUUCAGAAGAGACGCUCUCUGGGCUUCGUCUCCUCGGGGGCCACUGCCAAAGAGCCUUUGUUCCUUUGCUCUGAUGAGACGACGAACUUACAGGAAAACUCGAUUUCAGCCACUCAGAAGUCGAUUUAGAUCUUCAAAUGUCAGAACUGCUGUGAAAAAGAAACGACCACCGACACAACGCAAUGGGACGGAGUUAUCAGAAUCUCUGCCAUCUGAAGAAAAAAGACAAAGCAGGACUGCACAAGCGAAGACGCAGUCGGUCCUUGACUCUUGCAGCAAUGACGACAUAGAUGAUAUAUUUGCCUCCAUAGGUUUGUGAAACCUUGGAGUUGGGCUGGAAACACAAAUCACUGAGUGGAGAUGAAAUGAAUUUAUGAGGAUCGCAGUGUCAAGGACUGUAUCCACUUUAAAGAUGGAGAUUAUAACACCUGUGACUCGUAAAGCAUCACAAAAUGAAUGUGGCUCUGAAAACGAGAGACAACUCGAGUAAAAGUUACAUCAAUCACUUCAAAGAAUGUCUUGAUCAUGCAUCCACUGAAAUUAAUACACAGAUGUUUACUUUAGUGACCGUCGAUGUCACUCAAAACUGUUAACGUUCAAAACAUCACCUCAACUUUGGAGCGUUUUGAAAUGUAAAUAAAAGGUCAUGAAGUGUACCGGAUGUGCCUUGCAUUGUUCUAAUCCGUCAGGUUACAAAAUAACACAAAAAGCCUGUUAAAGCAACAGUAAACUGUAGCAUUCGCUAAUAACGGUCAAUAAUGUAGUGAGAUAGUUUGAAAAGUGCAUCCAUAAUUCUGAGUGCUCAACGUGUGUCCUCAGUGAGAGGAUAAAAUGACUGUACCAUCAACUAAAUCUGUUUCGAUAAGCAAACUGGAAAAGCCUUUCAAGAUAAUUGUCUAUUAAUGCAUUUCCAAAUGAUUGUUUUUGUUUCUAAAUGAAGAACUUGAUAAAUUAUUGGCAAUCUAUGAUGUUAAUGAUUCAAAUGUUUUAUUACACUAUUGGUAAGUUGAUGCAUUAUUGGCCUUAAUACAUUUACAAUGGCGAGAAUUACUUCACUGGCAGGUAUUACAUUAUUGG